AUGACCAAAUAUCAAACACCCCGCCAGCGGCAGAAACGCUCAUACACGAAGGCGCAGGCUGCGCAAGUCGAGGUCCUAGACCUCACUCUGGCGCAACAUCCUGCUCCUCCCCAUGUCGCAAAUCACCUGCCGCCCCGACCUCCUACGCAGCCCGCUCUCAUGGCAGCCGCCAGCAAAGCCGGCAACCGAGACCAGUUCACCGUCACCCAGAUCCCCAGUGCUUCCUCCGGCGGUGUCCCCGAUCCCACGCCGCAGUACAUCGCCCAGGCGCUCCUCAACCCGCAAGUUCUCCAGCAGCCACGCCGAAUCCUGAUCGUCAUGGACCUCAACGGCACCCUCCUCUAUCGCCCGAACAAACGUCGCCCCUUCCACUUCGUCGAGCGACCACACGCCCGCGCCUUCAUGUCAUACUGUCUCGAAACCUUCUACGUCGCCAUCUGGUCCUCGGCGCGCCCCGAAAACGUCUCCAAGAUGGUCGAGCAGCUGCUCACCCCCGAACAGCGCGAACGCUGCCUCCUGGUCUGGGCCCGCGACCAGUUUGGCCUCUCCUCGGCCGACUACGACUCCAAGGUCCAGGUCUACAAGCGCCUCACCAGUAUCUGGUCCAAUCCCCGCGUUAUGUCCUCUCACCCGGCUGCCCACGAAGGUGGCCGCUGGGAUCAGACAAACACCGUCCUGGUCGACGACUCGCUGGAAAAGGCACGCAGCGAGCCCUUCAACCUGCUCCAGAUACCCGAGUUCUCUGGCCUCGCUACCGAAUCCCAGAACGUCUUGCCCCAGGUUCAUGACUACCUCAACUCACUCUCCUACCAAUCCGACGUCAGUCGCUUCAUGCGACUAGCUUCCUUUAAACUCGACCCCAGAUACGUCUUGCCACCGUCAGGGUAA